CACCAAGGGACAAACAAGAUCUUUAGAGGAUUGCCUUGCAGACUUGGAUCUCCUUGAUCUAGAAGCCAAAUUCUUCUAAAGUGUUGAAGCGAUGGUAAGAGCAUCCAGAAGAGUGUUUCAUCUGUUCAAUCGUGUUUGAAGUGUUAAAAGUGAGAGACAGAGAUACUUGUGGUAUCAAGUGGCCAUUACUCUGACCUUCGAUUCUGUAUAGCAUGGCGAGCAACAAAUCAGUUGAGGAAAUGGGGACAAAACGUGUUGUGAAUUGCUUAUACAGACACCCCGAAGCAAGUUUUAAGCUGAUUUGCUUCCCGUGGGCAGGAGGAGGAUCUAACCAUUUUGCAAAAUGGGGCAAACAUUUUCAUCAUUCAAUAGAAGUUUCCUCUAUAAGGCUUCCUGGAAGAGAAAGUCGAACUAAUGAACCAUUUGCAACUACCAUGGAUCAAAUAGUUGCUGAAAUUUCUAAUACUUUGCUGCCAAUACUCCAGGAUAUUCCUUUUGCAUUUUUUGGUCACAGCAUGGGAACAACUAUUGCCUUUAUGACUGCUCUACACUUAAAAGAAAAUUACAAGUUACAACCAGUACAUUUUUUUGUGUCAAGUGCAAAUCCUCCACAUAAAAACAAUAUUUCGAGCCAUCCAAGUAUCUUCAGUAUGUCAGAAGAACAAAUUCUCCAGUUUAUCAUGAAUGCUGGUGGCACUCCCAAGGAGGUUCUUGAAAACAAAGAACUUUUGGAAAUAUUUCUUCCUAUUUUUAAAGCAGAUGCUCAUAUUCUGCAAAAUUUCGUCUUUGUCAAACCAGCAAAGACUCUUUCUUGUGAUAUUACAUGUUUUUCUGGGACUGAAGAGAAAGCAAGUGAAACAGAAGCCUGGAAGGACCUAACCAGUGGGAGUGUGGAUAGUUACAAGCUUCCUGGAGAUCACUUUUAUCUCAUUAAACCUUCUAAUGAAACUUUCAUCAUAAACUACAUGACCAAAUGCCUUGAAGUGUCACAUUUUUCCUAAUGCUUGGAGUUUUAAUUGUUGUUAGUAGAUAAAUUACAUCAUUUCCAUGGUAAUCUAAGGCAAUCAAAGUAAUUGUAUAUUUUUAGUGCAUUCAAGUCUUAUUUGUCAAUAGACUGAAUGCUAUGCUUCCAAAAAAAAUUUGUCAGGAUAAUUUGUUAAAACUAAACAUCUUUCUUGUCAUAUGCCAAAAAAAAAAAUCUUGGAUCCUUUCAAACAAAUAAGUAAUAUACUAGACAGUCGAAUUAUUUUGUUUCUCUUUAUAUUAGGAUCAUUUGAAUGCUGUCAUUUGUAUGUUUAUCCCAAAUGAUAAAACAUGAGUGUACUUUUUCCAUUAUUUAGCCUAUGGAAAUAAUGUUGAAGAAAUGAUUGAGAUGAAUUUAUUCAUGUUUCCAUUAACACAAAAAUUCACAAACCUUCUGUGAUUUCAUACUUCUGAGAAAUUCUUGGUAUGAGAAUGUUCUCUACCAACAGAUCAAAAUAAUUCAUGUCUAAGGUCCAGGAACUUAUUUGAGGGGCACAGUAAUUAAGUGACUUGCCUAUGAUCACAUAGCUAAUGUCAGCGAUGAAAUGAAAACCCAGCUCUUCUUACCUGGAAGUUCAACACUCCCUAUAUGACACCAGAGUACUUUUUUUUAACCAUUAAUAUAUUUAGGGUCAGUUUUUUUAUACCCUCUCUCCUUUUAGGUAAACUAGAACGGAGAAGAAAGAAAAUAUAUUUACAAUUAAGUGGAUUAUCAAAGUAGAAUAUAACCAUUACAAUACUGCUCAGCAUAGAGCUUAUAAAAAAAAUUAUCAAAUUAAAUUGAAAUGUUGAUUUACUUAUUAGAGGAGGAUUUUAUAAUAAUCAAAUCAGAAUUUUUUUUUGUUUGAAAAGAAUUGCUAUUACAUUUAUU